CUUGCCGCGCCCGCCUGCCCCUCGGAAGAGCCCCUCGGCCGGCAGCAUGGCACCGCCGCGCCGCACCGCCGGCCUCGCGCUGCUGCUGUUCCUCGGCGCCUGCGGCUUUUUCCAGUCCUAUGCGGUGGAAGUAGAUGUAAAGGAUGCCUCUAAUGUUACAUGCUUGUACGCACAAUGGAUGAUGAAAUUCUUGAUAAAAUAUGAGACAAACAGUAGUGAUUAUAAAAAUGCAAGCUUGGAUUUGACAUCCGCUGUGACACACAAUGGAAGCACCUGUGGCAGUGACACAGAAGCUGCGCUCCUGGCAGUGCAGUUUGGAGAUGGUCACUCUUGGAGUGUUAACUUCACAAAAAGCAACGAAACUUACUGGGCUGAGUUCAUCACAUUUACCUACAACACCAAUGAUACUGCUGUCUUUCCUGAUGCCAGAAGACAAGGACCAGUUACAAUUGCUGUAAAGGAUGCUAUGCAUCCAAUUCAACUGAAUAAUGUCUUUGUGUGUCAUCAUACUACCUCUUUUGAAGCAGAAAACGUAACACAGAUUUUCUGGAAUGUUACUAUGCAGCCUUUUGUUCAGAAUGGCACAAUUGGUAAAAAAGAGUCUAGGUGUCGUGCUGAUACACCUACUGCUGCGCCUACUGUUCUGCCUACUGCUGCCAAUGUAACUACUGCAUCUACCACCAUUUCACCUGCUCCAACCUCCGCUCCCAAACCUGCUGGGAAUCCAGUCACAGGAAACUAUUCUCUUAAAACUGGAAAUAAAACUUGUCUUCUGGCUACUGUGGGGCUGCAGCUGAAUGUUUCCCAAGACAAGCCUCUCCUGAUCAACAUCGAUCCGAAAUCAACUCGUGCAGAUGGGACAUGUGGUAACACAUCAGCUACUCUGAAAUUGAAUGAUGGAAAUAGGACAUUAAUUGACUUCAUGUUCGUUGUUAAUGCAAGUGCAAGUGUACAAAAAUUUUAUCUGAAAGAGGUGAACGUUACACUACUCAACCAUCAGAAUGGUUCUGUCAUUUUAAGUGCAGAUAACAACAACUUCAGCAAGUGGGAUGCUUCCCUUGGUAAUUCUUACAUGUGCCGUAAGGAGCAAACUCUUGAGAUUAAUGAAGAUCUUCAAGUGCAUACUUUUAACCUAUGGGUUCAACCAUUCCUUGUGAAAGAAAAUAAAUUCUCAAUAGCCCAGGAGUGUUCGCUGGAUGAUGACACCAUUCUAGUUCCAAUUGUAGUUGGUGCUGCACUUGCUGGCUUGAUUGUCAUUAUAGUGAUUGCUUACAUAAUUGGCAGAAGGAAAAGCUAUGCUGGAUAUCAAACUUUGUGAAUCAAAAUGUAAUCACUGCUCUGAUUUCACCCUUAACGAAGCAAGUGCAAGUUCCGAAGUCCAAAAAAGCCCCAAAACUUAGACUGAAUACUGGCCACAGCUAGUUGGAGUUGAGAAGCAGAGGGAGAAUGUUUAUCUCAGAUGAAGCACAACUACGUUUUUAGUUUUCCAGCUCCAAGAAGAUGACGUGAGUCUCACACCUGUUCUGAAGAUGGCAGAUAUCACUAUUGCAUAAAUGACCAGGCCAAGGAUUUUAUUUUGAACAAAACCUUGAAAAUGUUUAGGAUUUAUCUUUUUUUUUUUUUUUUUUUUUUCAUAAAUUGUAGCCUGAAAUGGAGCACGUUCCAAACUGAUGUGCACUGGGCAAAUCCCAGAAUUGCAUGGGAUUUGUACUUGCUUCUCUCUCUGCAUUCCUUAGUUGUCAUAUUUGUGGGUUAAGCUGGCAGCAUUAGUCACCAUGUUGACUCAUGUAGUACUACCACGGUUUGUAUGAUGCCCAGGAACAGCUUGGUUUUUCAUAGUUGAACUUCAGGCUGGUGACUGAGUGAUUUUUUUCGAGUGGCAGCAGUAACUUACUUAGCUUUGAUGGAGUUUGAGUAGUUUACUCCUGCCCCAGUGGUUUUGGAGCCAUCCCCACACCGUGGCUGUACAGGUCGGUAACCCAUCCCUGCCAGGUUUCCAAAUGCUUUUCAAAAAAAGUGGUUUGUUUUUUUCCUUUUUUUUUCUUUUAAUGAAUUGUUAGGCAUGAAUUCUUCAUCGUGGCAUUCCCCCAAAAUACUCAACUGAGGCAGAAUUCUGCUAAAUUCAUGCAGGUUUUUUACUGGCAUCAAUUUAAAGGGAAUAACCGUUCUAAAUAGUCCAGAACUUCAAAGUGCACUUAACUUUAUACUUUGCACAGAGCUGGUCUAUCUUAUCUUAUUGCUUUGAAUGACCAUUGUAACUUCAAGGAUGCUUUCGUUCAAUGAGCCAGUAUCUGUUGCUGCAACUUGAGCUGUCUUUAAGUCUUCAUCUGGAAUGGUUCUCUGCUAAUUGAAAUCCACAUUAUAACAUAUGUCUGCCCUUGACAUUCUCAGUGUUUAAUGUGCUUUAUGUUUGACUGUGUGCUGUGUAGCUUUUAUUAAUGUUAAGGAUGCAAAAGCCAAACAAGUCUGAGAUGGACCCACUGCGCCUAUUUUUCCUGCUGUGUGGAAAGGCUGACUAGCUUAAAUAUACAGUGCAGAUGGACUGUCCUUAAGCUGCAGCUCUGUAGAGAAUAACCCUUGCUGCACAACCUUUUUCUGUCCUCUUUGUGCUGUAACAGUUUUCAUUGCAUGGAAGAAAAAAAAAAAGAAAACUUUUCCAAACCAUGUGUGACUUUUUACUUAUGUCAUAACACAAGCUGCUUAAGCUGGUCAUUUAACAAUCAUAGUUGUCUUCUUUAGAAUGAGUUUAGCCUGCAACAAAGCUGGUUUUGAGUUUUAUUAGUGUUUUCUAGGGUUAUUGAGAUGUCUGUGGCAUGUUUGUAUACAAACCACUUCUUUUAGUAACAUUUUUUGGGUGAAAGUUUUCAUCUUACCACUAGCUAGGGAAGCAAGAAUGAGUGGAUAAAGCUUGCUAUAGCUUGUAGCCUACAGCUUGGAUUUUGCAUCAGUUACUGAAAAUCAUUUUAAUGAAAGUGGGGAAUGACUAUAAGUUUAAUCUCAAAACAGACUUCAAGACUUUUUAAUUAAAAAAAUGUCAACUAGUGGCUCUAAUUAUUUUCUGCAUUUAAGGAUAUAUUAAUAUGAAGUUCAUGUAGAUUUUUUUUAGCAUUUUACUGACUGAUAUUCAGCAUCACCAGAUAAAUGUACGCUUGUGUUGAGGAGUGGUCACCACCCUGUCCUCAUCUGAGCGCGUGAGCUUUCGAGCUGUGUUUGGUUUUAAGUGACGAAGUAGAAGAGGGGAGUGCUUUGCACUAAAAAUUCAACAAAGCUAAAUGCCUCCUUGCAAAAACCUGGAAGCUGAUCUUCAUCUGCAAGUGUGUUGGCGCCGAGAUGAAAGUCCUCCUACGCCGCUGUGCAGUUACCUGGUUCUAAAACAUCUCAGUUUCACCUGACUGCCUGUUAUAAAACCACCAGAUUUCCUGUCUGCGUUGCUCCAUAGGGAAUUGUCAACCUGCUCAACCUGUGCUCUAAAUAAUAAAGAUUGUUCUGUUUCUUAAGGAAACUUGUUCAUACUUUUUAACCGAUUGGAAAGCAGACAUCUUGUAUUAUCUUUUCUAUAAGAAAAUAAACGAGUAAGGCCAACUUCAA